GGCACACGUCAUCAUCAUCUCCAAGCGCGCGGCGGCGAGACGGCCGAGAGAACUCCGGGACCUCACCUACCAGUCCAGAGCUGCUACCGCCGAGCCCGUGCGCACAUUCUCCAAUUCGAAUAUCCGGUUCCGAUAAGCCCCCUCCCCCUUCACCCCUGCACCACCACCGCCAUGGCGUGCAGGCCGGCCGUGUGCUAUUGCGCCCCCUCCGCCCUCGCGCCUCCGCGCAACCGCCGCCUCCUCGUCGUCUCCGCCUCCGCGCGCGGCGGCGCCCCGGGAGGACGCUCUCCCCGCUCCGGUUCCGGCUGGCCCGCCGCCCGCGCGCUCAGGCUCGGCACACGCCACGGGGUCGGCUCCGGCCUCGUCGUCCGCGCAGCCGCCGCAGAGGGGGCCGUGGAGCUGCAGGCGAAGGUCACGAGCAAAUGCUUCUUCGACGUCGAGAUCGGCGGGGAGCCCGCGGGGAGGGUGGUCAUCGGGCUCUUCGGCGAAGUCGUCCCCAAGACGGUGGACAACUUCCGCGCCCUGUGCACGGGUGAGAAGGGCUACGGGUACAAGGGCUGCUCCUUCCACCGAAUCAUCAAGGACUUCAUGAUUCAGGGUGGGGAUUUCCAGAACAACAACGGAACUGGUGGUAGGAGUAUCUAUGGUGAAUGCUUCGACGAUGAAAAUUUCACAUUAAAGCAUACCGGUCCUGGUGUACUAAGCAUGGCAAAUGCUGGCCCUGACACAAAUGGAAGCCAGUUUUUCAUUUGUACUGUGAAGACACCAUGGUUGGACAGCCGCCACGUUGUCUUUGGGCAUGUCCUGGAGGGGAUGGACGUGGUGAAGAAUCUUGAAGCACAAGAAACCAGCAGGUCAGAUACUCCUAAGCAGCCCUGCAGAAUCGUGAAUUGUGGUGAACUUCCCUUGGACGGCUGAGCAAGUCAAUGGUUCAGUGGUUGGGAUUAAGCGAACAUUUUCUUUUUGUUCUGUUGAAUAUUGAUUCUUAAGGAGGGCUAGUUGAAUCUUGUUCGGUUAGACAAACUUUUGGCAUAGUUAGGAUACUUGUGAGGUAUUACUUCAUGAGUAAAUGAGACAUUGUUUUCGGCAAGAUAGACUAGAAAUGUCACGCGGCAUAAUUUUAUAUGAAACAAUCAUUUUAGUAAUUAUAACCGUAAAAUACAUGUUUAAUGUUGGUAUGAAUUAUAUUAAAUGAAGAAAAAGACGUUGUUU